UCGACGUGUCCUGGAAGGUGCGUGCCUUUCUGUCCCUCGGCCGCCGAGCACGAUGCUGGACCCGUCCUCCAGCGAGGAGGAGUCCGAUGAGCUUCUGGACGAAGAGCGGCGGGACGCGCUGCUGGCGGCGGGCGGGGGCUCCUCGCCGCGCUCGCUGCCGCCGCCGCCGCGGGACCCGCGGGGCAGAGAGGGCGGCGCGGGGCGGGCUGCGAGCCCCAGCCCCUCGGUGCUGAGCGAGGGCCGGGAGGAGCAGGAGCGGCUGCAACGGGAGGAGCGGGAGAAGCGGCUCCGGCUGCAGCUCUACGUCUUCAUCGCCAGGUGCAUCGCGCACCCCUUCAACGCCAAGCAGCCCACGGACAUGGCCCGCCGGCAGCAGAAGCUCAAUAAGCAGCAGCUACAGACACUGAAAGAACGUUUCCAGGCCUUUCUGAAUGGGGAGACACAAAUCGUAGCAGAUGAAGCGUUCUGUAAUGCUGUGCGAAGUUACUAUGAGGUGUUUCUCAAGAGUGACCGGGUUGCAAGAAUGGUUCACAGUGGAGGAUGUUCUGCAAAUGACUUUAGAGAUGUUUUUAAGAAAAACAUAGAGAAGAGAGUCCGAAGUUUGCCGGAAAUUGAUGGAUUAAGCAAAGAGACAGUAUUAAGUUCUUGGCUAGCCAAGUAUGAUGCCAUAUACAGGGGAGAAGAGGACUUCUGCAAACAGCCAAAUAGAAUGGCCUUAAGUGCUGUAUCGGAGCUGAUUCUGAGCAAGGAACAGCUUUAUGAAAUGUUUCAGCAGAUUCUAGGGAUCAAAAAGUUGGAACAUCAGUUGAUUUAUAAUGCCUGCCAACUGGAUAAUGCAGAUGAGCAAGCAGCCCAGAUCAGACGUGAACUAGAUGGACGUCUGCAGCUGGCCGAACAAAUGGCAAGGGAAAGAAAAUUCCCCAAGUUCAUAACAAGAGAAAUGGAGAACAUGUACAUAGAAGAGUUACGGUCUUCAGUGAAUUUGCUGAUGGCAAAUUUGGAAAGUCUUCCAGUGUCUAAAGGUGGGCCAGAAUUUAAACUGCAGAAGUUAAAGCGAUCACAAAAUUCUGCAUUCUUGGACAUUGGAGAUGAAAAUGAAGUUCAGCUCUCAAAGUCUGAUGUGGUCCUCUCCUUCACAUUAGAGAUUGUUAUCAUGGAAGUGCAAGGUUUGAAGUCAGUCGCCCCCAAUCGGAUUGUCUAUUGCACCAUGGAAGUGGAGGGGGGUGAAAAGCUUCAGACAGACCAAGCAGAAGCUUCCAGGCCACAAUGGGGAACUCAAGGAGAUUUCACUACAACUCAUCCUCGGCCUGUUGUCAAAGUAAAACUCUUUACAGAAAGCACUGGGGUUCUGGCACUUGAAGAUAAAGAACUUGGAAGAGUAGUGCUGUAUCCGACAUCCAACAGCUCCAAGUCCCCUGAUUUGCACAAAAUGAUCGUCCCCAAAAACAGCCAGGACAGUGACUUGAAAAUCAAAUUGGCAGUGAGAAUGGAUAAACCACCUCACAUGAAGCACUGUGGAUAUUUGUAUGCUCUAGGACAAAAGGUGUGGAAGCGGUGGAAAAAGCGCUACUUUGUGCUUGUUCAGGUGAGCCAAUACACAUUUGCAAUGUGUAGUUACAGAGAAAAGAAGUCUGAACCUCAGGAACUGAUGCAACUGGAAGGAUACACUGUGGAUUAUACAGCUCCUCACACAGGUCUUCAAGGUGGUCGAAUGUUUUUCAAUGCUGUUAAAGAAGGAGAUACUGUAAUAUUUGCCAGUGACGAUGAGCAAGAUAGAAUACUCUGGGUUCAAGCAAUGUACAGAGCCACAGGUCAAUCAUAUAAGCCUAUUCCUGCAAGUCAAGCUCAGAAGAUGAAUCCUAAAGGAGGAGAUGUCAGUGCAGAUAUAUCCCCACUCUAUGCAGACCGUGGUCAGAAACAUGGCAUGGAAGAGUUUAUUUCUGCUAAUCCCUGCAAAUUUGACCAUGCUUUCCUCUUUCAACUGCUUCAGAGGCAGACCUUGGAUCACAGAUUGAAUGACUCCUAUUCUUGUUUGGGUUGGUUUAGCCCAGGCCAGGUCUUCGUAUUAGAUGAAUACUGUGCUCGCUAUGGAGUGAGAGGUUGUCACCGCCAUCUUUGCUAUCUUAAUGAGUUGAUUGAACAUUCAGAAAGUGGUUCUGUCAUUGAUCCAACCUUACUCCACUACAGCUUUGCAUUCUGUGCUUCUCAUGUCCAUGGCAACAGGCCAGAUGGAAUUGGAACAGUAUCUGUUGAAGAGAAAGAAAGGUUUGAAGAAAUUAAGGACAGACUUUCUUCCCUUCUGGAAAACCAAAUAAGCCAUUUCAGAUACUGUUUCCCUUUUGGACGUCCUGAAGGAGCUUUAAAAGCCACGCUUUCAUUACUUGAAAGGGUUUUAAUGAAAGACAUUGCCACUCCCAUACCAGCAGAAGAGGUGAAGAAAGUGGUCAGAAAAUGUCUGGAGAAGGCUGCCUUGAUCAAUUACACUCGACUUACAGAAUAUGCCAAAAUAGAAGAGGCCAUGAGCCAAGCAACACCUGCUAGAAAACUGGAAGAGGUUCUUCACCUUGCAGAGCUCUGUAUCGAAGUACUGCAGCAAAAUGAAGAACAUCAUUCAGAGGCAUUCUCUUGGUGGCCAGAAUUAUUGGCUGAACAUGCAGAGAAGUUUUUGUCUCUUUAUUCUGUUGAUAUGGAUUCGGCACUUGAAGCACAGCCACAGGACUCCUGGGACAGCUUCCCACUUUUCCAGCUGCUGAAUAACUCCCUCAGAAAUGAUACAUUUUUGUGCAAUGGAAAGUUUCACAAGCACUUGCAAGAAAUUUUUGUUCCCAUGGUCAUCCGCUACAUUGACCUCAUGGAAUCAUCAAUUGCCCAGUCCAUUCACAGAGGUCUUGAACAAGAGUCGUGGCAACCUGUCAAGAGCAUCACCAACAGUCUUCCUAAUGUAGCUCUUCCAAAAGUUCCAAGUUUGCCUCUUAAUCUUCCACAAAUGCCUAGCUUUACUACACCAACCUGGAUGACUUCCAUCAACGGCUCAGCUACAUCAGAAGAUCUUUUUUGGAAACUGGAUGCUCUGCAGAUGUUUGUUUUUGAUCUUCACUGGCCAGAACCGGAAUUUGCACACCAUUUAGAGCAGAGACUUAAACUCAUGGCCACUGACAUGAUAGAAGCCUGCGUUAAAAGAACAAGAAUUGCUUUUGAAGUCAAGCUGCAGAAGACAAACAAAUCAACAGACUUGCGUAUUCCUUCUUCUCUGUGUACAAUGUUUAAUGUCUUAGUUGAUGCCAAAAAGCAGACAGCUAAACUCUGCAUACUAGAAGGAGGGCAAGAGUUUGCUAGUCAAUGGCAACAAUACCAUUCAAAAAUAGAUGACUUGGUUGAAGAGACUGUGAAAGAAAUUAUUUCACUCCUUGUUUCAAAGGUUGUUUCAGUGUUGGAAGGUGUGCUGUCCAAACUGUCAAGAUAUGACGAAGGCACUUUCUUCUCAUCAUUAGUUUCAUUCACGGUGAAAGCAGCUGCAAAAUAUGUUGACGUUCCUAAACCAGGGAUGGAUUUAGCAGAUACCUACAUCAUGUUUGUUCGACAGAACCAGGAUAUACUUCGAGAAAAGGUCAAUGAGGAAAUGUAUAUAGAGAAGCUAUUUGAUUUUUUUUGCAGGACACUCUGUGAGCUCUUCAGUGUUCAGAUGAAAAUCCUCAGUUAUGUGGAUGAUGGUUAUACAUAGACUUGAAAAUACAGCUGUAACUUCUAAACCUCGGAGUGUUUUCAAAGGCACUAUAAAUAAAGUUGGUUUCACUCAUUAGCAUUAGCACCUAACAAAGGACAUCAGUGUGAUUGUUCAUAGCUUGCAAAGAGGGAAAUAAAUUUUGAAUCUUAAAUUAGGAACUUGUUUCUGACUUUUGCUGUUUGCAUUUCAAAGGAAUAAGUUAUCUAUUCCUAAAUAGAGUAACAAUUUUUAAAUGUUGUAAUGUUGCUUGAUAUGCUAUUAUUGCUAACUGUUAAAAAGUUGGUAAAAAUGCUAUAGAACUAUGGCCACAGGAGUUUAAGCACUUAAAUUUUGCUUGCUUAAAAUAUAUCUUCCGUGUUGUAGCUUGUACUGCCUUUGAAGUGCAGUCUCUUCAGCAAGAAUACGUGGUUGUUGUUCCUUGGAGGAAAUGUAGAGCAGAGGAAGUAAAAACAUCCCAUUGUCACUUCAGCAACUCAGUUCCAAACAGAAUGAGGUAAAGGCUUUGGAAGGAAGAUAAAAUGUGGUUCCUAGAAAAGCUGUUCCCCUGCCAUAUUCAGCAGAAAAAGCAUUUCAACAGUUCCCAUUUAUCAAGAACAGCUAAGAUAGAGGAGCUGAAUGGGGUCCUGUGUAUCAGAUGCUAGGAAUACCAGGCCUAGGAGGAGCGAGGCAUUGUGUGUUGGUACCUAUUGAGCCUCCUUCCAGGUGGCAAACAGCUGUACCUUUUUAUCAAACUUCAAAAAUAAAUCUGAAGUGCUUGCUUUCAGCCGAGAAGUGUUAUAUUUAAUUGAAGCGUUCUGCAGACGUGAUAGCUCAGGCACCCGGAAAGAUGGUGAAUAUUGAAUAUAUUUGUUUUGUGUUUCAACCAGUCAACAGUAUAAAGAAAUUCCUUAACUACUUCUCUUUAACUCGCCUGAAGAAAGCACGGUAUGUUGCUAAAUCGCCUUUCACCGGCCCUGCCGAGAAACAACUUUAAUCCUUGUUAGAAAAUUGCAGAGUCUGGGCUGGACAAAGAGCUCCUGCCCGGCGCAUUGUGAGCGCGGGAGCGGGGCGCGGGGAGCCCUUUACAGCUGCGUGCCUCCAGCCUGCCUCAGCUGGACUAUUUAGGCCAGGAGGUUUGUCAAUCCCUCCCCACAAUGGGGAGAGUUUUUCAGUGCCUGUAGCCGUGCCGAGCCCCGUUGGGGAUCAAUGCUGGCCAUUCAAGCUGCACCCUCUUUCAUUGCUUUGGUUUGUUAAUUUAAGACUAAAGGUCCGCCGAGGGGGUUUAGGGUGUUUAAGAAAGCUGAUGAACUGUUUAAGAAAUCUGAUGAACUGAGAGCGUUUAUAGCCCUGGUGUGGCAACUAUUGGCACUGAGGGAGCUGUGUCCUUGUUGACCCUCUUGUUAUUAAAAAUGCACAAGUGCUGCGCUUCUCAAUAUUUCAGCACUCUUUCAUUGUCAAUACCACCUUCUGAGCCCUUCAGCUUGUUGCUUGCUCUAAAGAUCUUCUUAGAUUGGGUUUGAAAACUUCACCUUAAACACUAGAUUAGACUGAUGUUCUGUUUUCCGUGCUCCUGUUGAUUUGUUGAACCUUCCCAGGGCUGGAAAGCAAGUAGCAGCUUGAUGGGGAGACGGGCUGCUAAUAUGAUUUACCAGUCUACAGUCAUGCACAAUAAGUGUGAAUAAAUACAGGGGUCUCACAGAGUCAACCCUAGCCUUUCCUUUUCUCUUAUUUUUUACUUCAAAAGAGGUAUCUCAGGAAAAUGAAGAGAGUAAUGCAUGCCCUUACAGGAGCCGGAUGAGCUAUGAAUAAAAGGAGGAGGGGAACGGGGAGGCAAACAUAUUUUUGUUAAAGUGGUUGGCCGCUGCUAUGUGCCGAUGUGCAAAAAUUGUAUAACACACACUUUUUGCAAAAAAUAUGGUACCAGUGCUGUAUCAUUGGUACCUGCCAGCGUCCUCCUGCCCUUCCACUGCUAUUGCUAUUAGCAAAAAAGUGACUUUUUUUUUCCUUAAAACCAUCUGGAAGGAUUUUUUUCAAUUGUUACUACUUAAAAACAGCGUAGUAAAGGUCCAUUGUCAGAGUGCCGAGCCCUGUGAGUUUGCAAUAGACUUCCAUGGAUGCACCCCUGCCUCUCAGACGUUGUCAGAGGUUGUCUCAAGGUUGUCAGAAUGCGCACCCUUGGAGUCCACCUCUGAGAGACAUUGCCAGUGCUGUGUGUUUUAGCAGACUCCAACAGAAGUAACAGUGAGAUAUUUACCUUCUUUUCUUAGGGAGUGCAGCAGAUGUAUGCUCCUGCAGCUUCGGUCUGCCUGUGUGCACAACACUCAGAGGUAUAAGGCAGUAGUGAAUGGGAAUUCUGACCACAAGUUCCUCUUUCUAGGAGAACACAGAAAAUACUCUUGAUUGGAUUUUUAUUUAAAAUUAGUCUUCAAAAUAAGAGUAUUUUUCUAACAAUUCUUAUUUUCUUUUUUCUGUGCAGUGUAUGUGCUCAGAGGAGCAAUGUACCAUAGUAUCACUUCACGAUCAUUGAAUUAACCGUUUUUACUCACAGUUUAAUAUACUAAGAGUAGUCAGGAAAACGUGCUAUGUUAUCUAACUCACAAAUUUGAGAAGCAAAAUUACUCCCCUCCAGUUUCUUAGCUUUCUUCUCGGCACAAGGAAGUAUAUCACAGAUAUAUAUGGAGAGUCUAAUUUGAACUGCAUCAGUCUCAAUUAAGUUAUCUGGCUGGGCUUUAAAACGCAUUUAGCCAGGAAACGGGGCCUGGCUCUGUGCUCAGUGAUGCGUCAGUGGGGGCAACCGGUGAUGGGAUUUUCAGCCCUGCCUGGAGUUUGAUCGUAUGAGCAACUUCCAUCUCUUCUGCUUUCCACCACUCAUUUGCUGCAAAACACACUGUAGCUGUUAUUGGAUUUCUUAUUUUGUUGGGUUUUUUUUAUAGAAGAAUAUCAUUGCUGAGAAAACACUACUAGUAAAAUCAUCCUCUCUGCAUUGAUUAUUAUUAACGACUCUAGAGUCUUAGUGAUAAUAUAAUAGUUGGGCCUCAGCUUUUUGCAGACAAAGGUGGAAUGCUUGGUAUACAAAUUCUCAUGUUGAUUAGAUCAAUAGAGUUCAUGGAGUGAAUCAGCUCAACUGUAUAUUGUUUUCCAGACAUCUGUAUGCGCACAACACCUGUCAUCUCAGAGCUGCCACUUCCUAACAACUCUGACACGUUAAAAAUAUUUUGCAGGUACAUAUGAAGGAAAGCAAAACAAGCAUGCAUGUAACCAGUGAAAUAAUACAAAUCGUAUGAGAAUGCCCAACAGGGAUUAAAAGCCAAUAUUAUACAUAUCGGUUCCAUAUUUUACUUAUUAAAACAAAUCACUUUUAUGAAAUGUGCAGUCUGAUGCUAAAGGUGUGUAUGGCGUGUUUGCUCACUUCAAUGCCAUGACAGUAAAUAAAUUGGAGAAAACAUAAUUUAUUUCCGUUGGUUGGUAAUUAAAAUUUAUUUGAACACAUUAAAUAGAAAUGGAAGUCAAUAUUACAUGAAAAUCUUCUUUCUUAUUGCAAACUUACCCUAAAGCUGAUGGCUACAAUGAAAUGAGACUUUGUUUCCAGUAAAGAAAAAGUAUUUAUACGUGCUUACGGUAUUUAAAACUUUUCCCAGGCAGCUUUUCUUUUGAUUAAAGAAUUCUAGUUUUAUUUUCUGUUACUUCCUGUACAAGUGAUUUAUCUUCCCUGUUUUCCUUACGUAUUUUAUUUUAUUCAUGAGUGUAGAAAUGGCCAACGAGACAUGUGAGAGCCUCCUUUUUAAUUAUUUUGCAUACCUUGUAAAAAGGCUGUGUUUUAGAAUGUCAAAUCUCCUCUUUUUUGCAUACCUAUGUUUUUUCUAAAGACACGGGAAAUCACAUUAGAAAAGGACAUAAGCCUCUUCCCUGUGGGGAAUGUGAGUAGAAACCGAGCUACUACACAAACUCUUCUAAUCUCACUGCUAAAAUGAAAAAAAAAAACCCUUUCUUUUUACAGUUUGACUAAAUGACAUCUGGUUGGUAUUUUACAGGAGGGGGAGGCAAAUGGCUGCAACUAAGUUUAGUAAAAUCUCUUGUAAUCCAGUUAAUGGGGAAGAACUUCUAUAGUAGCUAUUUAGAGCUGAGCAUUUUUUUGCGGUAACAUAGACACCAGCAGCAGAGCUCAUUCUUGCCACAGCCAUUUGUGGAGCUUUCAGUGAAAACAUGCCCAUGCCUUCGAUAUGAAAAGGAAAUAAGGUAGGCUGCUUUUAUAAUCAGUGAUUAACAUGAAACAAAACCAGAAUGUGCUGAUCUUGAGAGGGAUGAAGUGUUGUUUUGACCCCACAUAAAUACAAUUUCCGCGUAUUUCUGAAAGCAUUCCAUAAUAAAAGAUGUUGAAGAAAUCAGAGUCAUUAUUCUGUUUGAUGCUGUUUUCUGGUUUGUAUCAGAAAAUCUAAGUGUAGCAAAAUCUUCCCCAGGAUGUCAACCUACCCGUUUUCCCCUUGCUAUUUAGCUCAUAUAAGUGUGUACUUAAUGCCCAUUCUCACUGACAGAUAGCUGAGCACAUAACACUAUUUUGCGUGAAAAUAUUCUAGCUGAAAAAUAAAAUAGCAGUUGCUAAUUCAUGCAAAGAACAGUCUGGGUCAAGUUAUUUGAUUUCUUGCUGACCCACGCAAUUCUCUUAAUGGGAAAUUAUAUGAUUGUUGACUUCGAGUGCUGAUCUGUGAUCAUUUCAAAGUGUUUCAUUACCUCUCAUUACCAAAUCUGUUAAAUGAAUAAUUCAGGGUUGUUUAGUGUUUUUGUUUGUUUUUUUUUUUUAAUCCUCUUUUUCAGCAAUGGUAUAGCAGCUCCAUGAAGGUCAUAUGCAUGUGGUUGGCUGAUAGAUUAGACCUUCAGCUUCACAUCUACCAGCUGAAGACUC